CCAACGCUGAACAUGCAGAGCCCCAAAGUACAAUGGUGCACUCUCCCAAAGGAGCUCUGGCAGAUGAUCGGGAAGUUCCUCGAAAGCCGCAUCGACAUUCUCCGCUUCCGCAGCAUCUGCUCUCUCUGGCGCUCCGCCCUCCCUCCUCUCGACCCACCUGACACUCCUCCUCUCCCCCUCGGCUUCCCCCACGCGGACAACGACGAGCCUCCCGCCGCCGUCUCCCAGACCACUAUCUACCGCCUCCAGUCCCUGAUUGCCGGUGAAGGCUCCGAUGAGUCCCUCCCCUGCCUGGUCAAGUUCAAGGAGUCCACUCCCGGCGAAAUGCGCCUCCUUAAUCCGAUCACCAAUUGGCAGCUCAGGUUGUCGAUAAACCCGACUAUCAAAGAAUUCAGCUUGCUUGAUUUUAGGAUUGUCGAGCUCGUCAAGUUGUAUUCUUUGAAAUAUGCUUAUACUAACAUUGAUGUUCCUUAUGUGAACAAAGUGGUAGUUUUGCCUCGUGAUCGUUUGGAUUUGGGGGAGGAUUUUGUGAUCUUUAUGAUUUAUAGAGGAGGACAUUUGGGUUUUUUGAGGUAUGGGGAUGAGAGUUGGACUCCUGUCGACGAAAACAACUCUUACUAUGAUGAUCUCAUUGUGUAUAAGGGUCAGUGUUAUGUUGUUGAUAAAUGGGGGACUAUAUCGUGGAUAAAUCAUGCAUUGCAGGUGAUUCAGUACUCGCCUCCAUUGUGUGGGUUUGGAGGGCACAAGCAUUUGGUCGAGUGUUGUGGUGAUCUUUAUGUGGUGGAUAGGUACUUUGGUAGUGAGGGGUUUUUGCCCCAGAGGAGGUUUAAUUAUAUACAUGUCGAUGGCGAGGUGGUGGAUUUUAAGGUUUAUAGGCUGGAUGAGGAGUGGGGGACUUGGGUUAAUGUGACUAACUUGGGGGAUCAAGUGAUUAUUUUGAGCUAUGAUGGGUCGUUUGCGGUCUCAACUAGAGAGUUUCCUGGAGUGAAGGGGAAUUGCAUUAUGUUCACUGAACAGGAAUUAGGUCUUUUACCAGCUGAAAUUGGAAUGGGAACAAGAAGUCGUCACCGUCGUGUGCUUGACUUGGAGGAUGGUAGUAUGAGCAACAUUGGCUAUUCUCAGUUGUUCCGGACGCCCUCAAAUUGGCUCACGAAUUGAUGUCCGGCUGUAUCCUCUGACUGGAAGUUUGGUUGCUGCUCAAGAUGUUAGUUGCAUUCCUCGGAGAAGAUGGAAGAGGUUUCAAUUCUCAUGAAGGGUGGUCUGUAAAACUUUACAGUAAAGUAGUGUAAAACUUAGUGGUCUUGUUUAUCCAGUAGAGUAAAAAUUGCUGUUCAUAUAAGAUACAUCAGAGUUAUAUCAUUUUAAGUUAUCCGGUU